AUGGUCUCUUCUCGUGGAUUGGACCUUUUAGAAAUUCCUCGAUGCAUCUUCUGCCGAGGCAGGGCCCAGAAUCCGAUCCAAGUCCCCGUUAGUGAUUCAAGCAAAACCACUGACAAUGGCCAUCCCGCACAAGACCAGGAGCAACCCGAACUCAAUAAUGCCUCUGAUAACAACACAAUGACCGACAUGGAUGAUGGGCAGGAAGAUUUGCCGGCUUUUGAGCUUUACACAGCAUUGCUUGGUGAAAUCCCAGGGCUGUGGGGACCUCAUCCCAAAGCACCUGGAUGA